AAAGAGCUGUGUCACCAGUUUCCUCAUGGCAUCACAGACCAGGUGAUCCAGAAUGACCUCCCUCACCUGGAGCCUCAGCAGAGAGCCAUGGCCAUCAACAAGCUGCUCUCAUUGGGUCAGCUGGACCUGCUGAGGAACAGCUCAGGUCUCCUGUACAGACUGAAGGACUCGCAGAGCGCCGGGAAGAUGAAAGGUUCCGACAACCAGGAGAAGCUGGUUUAUCAGGUCAUCGAGGACGCAGGAAACAAAGGAAUCUGGAGCCGAGACAUUCGCUUCAAGAGCAACCUUCCUCUGACAGAGGUCAACAAGAUCCUGAAGAACCUGGAGAGCAAGAAACUGAUCAAAGCUGUGAAAUCUGUGGCUGCGUCGAAGAAGAAGGUGUACAUGCUCUACAACCUGCAGCCGGACCGCUCGGUGACCGGCGGCGCCUGGUACAGUGACCAGGACUUCGAGUCUGAGUUUGUCGAAGUUCUCAACCAGCAGUGUUUCAAGUUUCUACAGAGCAAGGCGGAAGCAGCGAGGGACAGUAAACAGAGUCCGAUGGUUCAGAGGAACUCGUCCUUUGCCACUUCACAUGAAGUCUGGAAGUACAUCUGUGAGCUGGGAAUCAGCAAGGUGGAUCUGUCCAUGGACGACAUUGAGACCAUCCUGAACACGCUGAUCUACGACGGAAAGGUGGAAAUGACCGUCAUCGCCGCCAAGGAGGGAACAGUGGGCAGCGUGGACGGACAGAUGAAGUUGUUCCGAGGUGUCAAUCCCGUCAUCCAACCCACCGGCCUCGUCAAGACGCCCUGUGGACUCUGCCCGGUCUUGGCCUGA